UGGUUGUUUCCGUCUUAGGGCCUUGUGGCGCUUACGCGGUUUCUGGAGGCGCGAAAGGCUCCGUAGUCUCCGCGGCCUGGGGUAGCCACGGAAGGGUCACUCAGCCGCCUUCCGGGUACCGUUCUGCUGUGGGAAGUGCCGCUUCCAGGCAAUUUAAAAUAAUAUCAGUGCUUAAAAAAGGUGGAGUAUUCAGCAAAAAUGUCUAGGAUUGAUAAAAUGAGCAUCCUUGGCGUAAGGAGUUUUGGGGUCGAGGACAAAGACAAGCAAGUGAUCACUUUCUUGAAUCCUUUAACAAUCUUGGUGGGGCCGAAUGGUGCUGGAAAAACGACUAUUAUAGAAUGUCUCAAGUAUAUUUGUACUGGGGAUUUUCCACCUGGCACCCAAGGAAAAUCAUUUGUUCAUGAUCCUAAGGUUGCCAAUGAAACAGAUGUGAGGGCUCAAAUUCGACUUCAGUUUCGUGAUGUUAAUGGAGAGCUUGUAGCUGUCCAGCGAUCCAUGGUAUGCACUCAGAAAGGAAAGAAAACAGAAUUUAAAACUCUUGAAGGAGUCAUAACAAGAACAAAACAUGGAGAGAAGGUCAGUCUGAGCUCUAAAUGUGCAGAAAUUGACCGAGAGAUGAUCAGCGCCCUUGGUGUUUCCAAGUCUGUGAUUAAUAAUGUCAUCUUCUGCCAUCAAGAAGAAUCCAACUGGCCAUUAAGUGAAGGAAAGGCUCUGAAACAAAAAUUCGAUGAAAUCUUUUCAGCAACCAGGUACAUUAAAGCACUGGAAACACUUCGUCAAGUUCGCUUAAAGCAAGGUCAACAAGUUAAAGUGUGCCUGGAGACACUGAAGUUUCUAAAACAGAAUAAAGAAAAGGCUCAUGAAAUUCAGAGUCAUCUUACUAAUAGGGAAACUCAACUGGCAGCAUCAAGGGAAAAUGUUAGAUCUAUUGAGAACCAACUUGAACCUCUAAAGAAUCGUCUCACAGAAAUAGAACGUAAUCUUGUAAAAGUAAUGAGACUUGAUAAUGAAAUUAAAGCUCUGGAAAGCAGGAAAAAACAGAUGGAAAAGGAUAAUCAAGAUUUGCAACAAAAGAUGGAGAAGGUUUUUCAAGGAACUGAUGAACAGCUUAGAGAUAUGUAUCAAAACCACCAGAAAACUGUGAGAGAAAAAGAGAAGAGAUUAACAGAAUGUCAGAGAGAACUGGAGAGGGCAAAUAAAGAAUGCCAAAGAUUCAACAGAGAAAAAUCAGAACUAUUAAUUGAACAAGGUCGUCUUCAGCUGCAAGCAGAUCGUCACCAGCAGCAUAUUAGAACCAGGGAUUCGUUAAUUCAGUCCUUGGCUGUUCAGCUGGAACUGGAAGGAUUUGAAAGAGCACCUUUUAAUGAAAGACAGAUAAACAGUUUUCACAGGCUUGUCAAGGAGAGACAGGACAAAGACACUGAUGCAGCUAAUCAGCUGAUGAGAGAAUUUGGAGAGAAGGAAAUGAUGAAGCAAACGCAAUUAGAUGAAAUAAGGGAUAAAAAGACUGGACUUGAAAGAACUAUUGACCUCAAAACAGACAUUCAAAAUAAGAAGCAACUUGAAGUGAAGAACUUGAAACAUGAACUGCGCCAGCUUGAAGGGUCCUCAGAUAGGCUUCUGGAACUGGAUCAGGAACUUGCCAAAGCAAAACGUGAAUUAGAAGAAGCUGAAAAGAAUAGCAAUGUAGAAGGCCUGGAAAUGGAAAUACAAGAGUUACAAAGAGAGAAGGCAAAUUUAGACAGCAUUCUUCGGAAACUGGAUAAAGAAAUGGAGCAGUUGAACUUGAAUACUGCAAUAAUAACCCAAAUGGACAUGCUGAAGAAAGAUAAAGCUGACAAGGAGGAACAGAUUAGAAAAAUCAAAUCAAGACACAGUGAAGAGUUAAUCUCCUUACUGGGAUAUUUUCCAAAUAAAAGACAGCUUGAAGAUUGGCUUCACUCUAAAGUGAGAGAGAUUAAUCAGACAAGAGACAAACUUGCCAAGCUUAACAAAGAACUUGUUUCAGCUGAACAAAACAAAAGUCAUAUUAGCAAUGAACUCAGAAAAAAAGAGGAACAGUUAACCAACUAUGAAGAAAAGCUCUUUAAUGUUUGUGGAAGUCAGGAUUUUGAAAGUGAUCUCCACAAGCUUGAAGAGGAAAUCGAAAAAACCUCCAAGCAACGAGCCAUGCUUGCAGGAGCCACAGCAGUUUAUUCGCAGUUCAUUACCCAGUUAACAGAUGAGAAUCAGUCAUGUUGUCCAGUCUGUCGGAGAGUCUUUCAAACAGAGGCUGAUCUGCAGGAUGUGAUAAGUGACCUUCAGUCUAAGCUGCGCCUUGCCCCAGACAAACUGAAGUCAACAGAGUCUGAGCUUAAGAGGAGAGAGAAGAGACGUGAUGAAAUGAUUGGGCUUAAACCUGUCAGGCAAACAGUAGAUGAUCUCAAAGAAAAGGAUAUACCUGACUUAAGAAACAGAUUGCAGACUGUCAACAGAGAUAUUCAACGCCUUAAAGGUGAUCUAGAAGAACAGGAAACCCUCUUGGGUACUAUUAUGCCUGAGGAAGAAAGUGCCAAAGCAUGUCUCCAAGAUAUUACGCUUAUGGAAAGGUACCAGACUGAUUUAAGGGAUGUUGAACGAAAAAUUGCUCAGCAAGCUACUAAGUUACAGGGAAUCGAUUUAGGCCGAACUCUGCUACAAGUAAGCCAGGAAAAGCAAGAGAAAAAGCAUCAGUGGGAUACAGUUACUGGCAAAAUUGAACUGAAGCAGAAUCUUAAGCAAGACCAACAAAAUCAAGUCCAGCAUCUAAAGAGUACAGUGAAUGAGCUCAAAGCAGAGAAACUUCAAAUUUCCAGUUGUAUGCAACGUCGACAACAGCUGGAGGAGCAGACUGUGGAGUUGACCACUGAGGUUCAGUCCUUGAACAGAGAGAUCAAAGAAGCAAAGGAACAGAUAUUUCCUUUGGGAGCAACUUUAAAAAAAUUACAGGAAGAAAAAGAAGAGUUAAUGAACAAAAAGAACACAAGUUAUAAAAUGAUGCAGGAGAAGAUAAAUGAUGUUAAAGAAAAAGUUAAAAAUAUCCAUAACUUUGUAAAAGAAGUUGAGAAUUACAUUCAGGAAGGGAAAGAAGAAUACAAACAGCAAAAGGAAUCUGAACUUGAUGAAGUUAAAGAUCAGCUAGUCGAAUGUGAGAAAAAGAAAGAGAAGAUAAAUAAAGAAAUGGGAACUAUUAGGCAAGAUAUUGAUACUCAAAAGAUCCAGGAGCGAUGGUUAGAAGAUAAUCUUACAUUAAGAAAAAGAAAUGAAGAUCUAAAAGAAGUUGAAGAUAACAUAAAGCAGUAUUUGAAAGAGAUGGGAGAAUUGCAAGUCCCGCAACUGAAAAAGGACCAACAGCAUUUGGAGGAGAAAAUAGAAGAUUUGAAAAGAAACCACAGCUUGGCACUGGGUCGACAGCAUGGAUUUGAGGAAGAGAUCCUUAGGUUUAAGAAAGAACUGAGAGACCCACAGUUCAAGGAUGCAGAGGAGGAAUACAGGAAAAAGAUGAUAGUUAUGAGAACAACAGAGCUGGCAAACAAGGAUCUUGACAUUUACUACAAAGCACUAGAUCAUGCAAUAAUGACGUUUCACAGCAUGAAAAUGGAAGAAAUUAACAAGAUAAUUCGUGACCUUUGGCGAAGCACCUACAGGGGGCAAGACAUUGAAUAUAUUGAAAUUCGUUCUGACGCAGAUGAGAAUGCAUCUGCUUCAGUGAAGAGAAGGAGUUACAAUUACAGAGUAGUAAUGAUUAAAGGGGACACUGCUUUAGAUAUGAGAGGCAGAUGCAGUGCGGGCCAAAAGGUUCUUGCUUCUCUCAUUAUUCGUCUGGCACUAGCAGAAUCCUUUUGCCUCAACUGUGGAAUUCUUGCCCUGGAUGAGCCUACCACCAACCUUGAUCGGGAGAACAUUGAAUCUCUUGCACAUGCCUUAGUGGAGAUAAUUAAAAAUAGAUCCCAACAGAGUAACUUUCAGCUUCUUGUGAUAACACAUGAUGAAGAUUUUGUGGAACUUUUGGGUCGUUCUGAGUAUGUGGAGAAAUUUUACAGAAUUAAGAAAAACCUUGAUCAGUGUUCAGAGAUUGUGAAAUGUAGCGUCACCUCCUUAGGAUCGUAUGUUCAUUAGAGUUUGAAAAAUACUUCGUUAUAGAAUUGCUCAGAAGUAUUAUGGGGGAGGGGUGAUAUUCUUUAAGUGGGAGCUUUCUUGUAUUGAAAGAAAUGUUUGUUGUUGACUACAUAUCUUGUUGAAUACUAUCAAACAAAUACAUUGUUGAUCUCCAUUUGUCUUUUAAUUAAAUAAAAAAUGGAAACAAAGAAAUAUGUCAUUCUAAACAAAUUUACUGCUAUCUUGAGAAAGUUUGUCAAGACUGUGCCCUUUCCUCACUGUUCUGAAAUGUACAGUAUAAGAUGGGGUGAAAAGAAUUAAAACAUACGUUGCAAACUAUCAGCACAAACUGAAAUGCCUCUCUUAACAAUCAUCAGCUUGAAGAGCAAUAGGCAAGCAAGGCAGGUCCAUUUUGCUGGAUUACAUGCUGCCAUUGAGGAUAACCUGUAGUGCAAGUACAGAAAACACUUUUAGGCAUAUGGAACAAUCAAGAUACACAGCCAAACCACUAAACAUCAAGCAAGGAAAGGAGAGCUGAACUAUUUACCAUCUGGUCCUCUUUCUCUUCCUUGUUUGUGAACUGAGCUACCCUGGCAGUGCCUAAUGCUGCUUCGAGGAAGACCUGCUACUGGACAGAAAUCUGCUCACAUUUGGAAACCUAUGAUUGGACUGUGAGAAUGACUUCUUAACUGGGAUGGCAGAGACUGUAUUUGAUCUGUUGAGUAUGCUUAUUACCAGUAUGCUUGGAGAGACACUUACAGUUGGUCCAGCAUUGACUUCUGUAGUCUGGAGAUAGUUGGUUUCCAGCUUGUCCAGGGGAAUUUUGAAAGCCUGGAUGGUGACGGGAAUGCAGGUUUAACCCAAAGAACUAUUGACAAGGUAGCUCCCUAGUGUUCAUGCUCACCUCUGAGAAGGGCUGUGGCUCCUUGGUUUACCUAGAGCAUGGUUAGCUAAACACAUGUGCCAAGUCAGACAGAAUAAGCUAUAGAAUCCAUUUUAAGGCCUGUGAGUUAGAGAUGGUGGUAGCAAAGGUGGCAUUCUUUUCUACUACUGUUGCACUGACUGCGUCUCAUCCAGCAAAAUUAUUUAGGAUGGUUCAAAGCCUAAUGUCAUCUGAGCCUAACACGCUUGUUGAGUUUGAUUUGAAUAUUAACUGUGACUAUUUUGCUCUGUUUUUUUGCUUGAUAAUGUCUCUUAUCUGAUCUGAUUUGGAUGCCCAUUUGAGCAUAGAUCCUGUGUUGGGGGUGUAAGGUUUCCCACCUGGCAUCUGUCAGGUUGCUCUCCCUCCAAGCUUGUGCAACCAGCCAGCAAGCAGGUGAGCAAAGAAAAAACCUGCCUAGAGGCCAGAGGGAUUUGUUCUGUCUGAAGGAAAUCCAGCCUUCCCCGUGGGGAUCCCUCACCACUUCCAAUCUCUCUUAAGAGUUUUAUGGGGCCUUCCCGUUGGAAGCUGCCACCACCUCCUGGGAACUCACCACUCACCCCAGUUUGAUGCCCAGAGAGCCAAAUAUGGGCAUGGCAAGGUUCACAGGUAGAAAUCAAGACAGUCGCUUGAUCUGUUAAAUAGUACAAAGCUUUAGGAUCUGAUUAUGUGUUAACUUAUCUUCAUAGUAGUGUGAGUGUUCCAAUCUGUCUUCUAUAUUUACAAUUCCUAGCGUCUGACUGCUGUGACCAUGGUUAGAGUGCCUGAGAGUCAGUAAAAUUGUUUUCACAAGUACUUAAGAAUGAUUAAAUAAUUUUGACAAACUUAAA